GUUGGUCCCGCGUAUAUAAGGCCUGCUACACUCGAAAUGGAAUCAGUCUCCGAUAUGUUGCGUCCAUUGCAUUUCGUGUUCCUCUUCGCGGCGUUUGCCGUCCUCACGUUUGCCGCCGCUGCGGAAAACGAAGCUCCGGUAAAUGUACAGAGUGAAGUCGAACCACAACCGGAUGCGAACGAUUUAGAAGCGGACGCUACGUACUGGGGAUACGGACGACCAUACAGAUAUGGUGGCUGGGGAUAUGGCAGAGGUUGGGGGGGUUGGGGAGGAUAUGGAGGAUGGGGCGGCUGGAGAGGAGGAUACGGAGGAUGGGGCGGCCGAGGAUGGGGUGGACGAGGAUAUGGUGGUUGGGGUGGCUGGGGAUACUGGGGUUGACGUGAGCCUCACAUUCCAUCCGCGUGAUACUUAAUCGCUAUCAACAAAGCCUUUGGCUCUAUGAAUUUUUUCUAAUCUUAAGAUACGCGAAGCUCUUGAACAGCUUUAUUAACUAUGUAAGUUUUUAUUGAAAUCUCCAUUGUACAAGAAUAAAGAUAUGUGAAAAAA